GCCUUUUGAGCUUUGAAGAAGAAGAAGAAGGAGAAGAAGAAGUGCUUUAGCAGCCUGUGCUUCAAAAACCCUAGCAGAAAUGGUGUUCAAAGGCCGUUUUUUCUCUUCCAGGAAACACGAAACUUCCAGCACAGAUGGAUCCUCCAAUAGCCCGCGCUCCGUCGGGUCGAAUUCUCCGAUCCGAACCGACAAAAAGAAGGCGGCGAAGCCUGGCUCUACUUCCAAGGACACCAUCUCCCCCAGCACUUCGUCUCCGAUUUCCAGUUUAGCUGCUAGCUUCAGGGAUAAGAAGAAGGAUGUUAAGGGCAAGGGUUUUACAUCCGGGAGCCCUGGUUCCAGUUCAGGAGGAAGGGAUAGCUUAGGUUCUUCGGAGCUUAAGAGAUCCGGGUCGGCCGAGAUUAAGAAGGGAGUAGGCACGCCGUCUUCUCUGUCUGCUUCACCGAUUUUGGCGUCUUCCUUAGGGUUACGCAAGAUUAAGACGCGAUCUGGGCCUUUGCCUCAGGAGAGCUAUAAGGGGAGUGUUUUGGGUGCUAGUAACUUGUCCAAGCCUGGUAGAGCUGAUGGGAAAUCGAGUUUGUGGUCGGGAAAGAAGACUGCUGUGGUGAAGGAGGAAAAGAAAGCACCUGAAAGUUCGGUGUGGGCUGAUAACGGUAGCAAUUCGGAUAGCAUGUCAACUGAGAGUGCACCUUCCAGGGAACAGAGCCCGCACGUCACUGGUCCAUCUAGACUGCAGAAUGGUGAACUUUCUUCUGAAGCAGUUCAGCUCAAUUCUUCUUGGGGUGAGUCUGGUGACCACCAGAUUCUGGAUGAUUACAGUCAAGAUAAGACACCUUAUGAAUGCGAUUAUCCAAAGGAGUCCGAGUCUCCACGCUUUCAAGCUAUACUUCGCCUAACAAGUGCACCUAGGAAAAGGCAUCCUGGUGAUAUCAAAAGUUUUUCCCAUGAGCUGAAUUCUAAAGGUGUACGACCUUUUCCGUUUUGGAAGCCCCGUGGUUUAAAUAACUUGGAGGAGGUUUUAAGUAUGAUAAGGACAAAGUUUGAUAAAGCAAAAGAGGAAGUGGAUUCUGAUCUUCAUAUCUUCGCAGCAGAUUUGGUUGGAAUUUUGGAAAAGAAUGCAGAAACUCACCCUGAAUGGCAGGAAACAAUUGAAGACUUGCUGAUUUUGUCUAGAAGCUGUGCAUUGGCAUCACCUGGUGAGUUCUGGCUUCAGUGUGAAGGAAUUGUUCAGGACUUGGAUGAUAGGCGGCAGGAGCUUUCUGCUGGUAUGCUAAAGCAACUUCAUACUCGAAUGCUCUUUAUACUCACAAGAUGCACACGGUUGCUUCAGUUCCAUAAAGAAAGCAGUUUUGCUGAGGAUGAACCUGUCUUGCUACUUCGAAAAUCUUUACAGCCCACAGAUAAACAUGUAUCGGGAAUCAUGGGAAAGGAUAGGAAGUCAGCUAGUGCCAUAAAGGCCUCCAAGGCACCUCCUACUAGAAAAUCUUACAGUCAGGAGCAGCAUGGCUUGAAUCGAAAAAUAGAUCAUUCUGGAACACCAGGUAUUUUUCAGUCUCGUGCAGUUGUGUCUGAGAAAAACCUAGGUGCUGAUAUUGGAAAGAAUCGCUUGGAUUCUGGGAAGAAGCUAUCUAUUCCUGCAGGGAGAAGUCCAAAAGAAAUUCCCACGUUAAAGGAGCAUGAUAACUUUGAGACUGCACACUCUUUAAUGAACAAAAGAGGUGCGUCGGAUGUAGAUCUUGUUAAACAUCAAGAGCCUUCUUCUCGUAGAGAUUCUCAAGAACACGUAUCUGGAUCUUCCAAACAUCAGCACAAACUUUCUUGGGGUUACUGGGGAGACCAACAUAAUAUUUCCGACGAGUCCUCAAUAAUUUGUCGCAUUUGUGAGGAGGAGGUUCCAACUUUGCAUGUGGAGGAACACUCUAGAAUUUGUACGAUUGCUGACCGUUGCGAUCAAAAUGGUUUUAGUGUCAAUGAGCGCUUGCUUAGGAUUGCUGAGACUCUUGAGAAGCUAAUUGAACCAUUGUCACAGAAGGACUUUCAGGCAGCUGUUGGAAGUCCAGAUGGUGCAAAAAUAUCAAACUCAAACAUAAAUGAAGGAUCUGAUGUUCUCUCUCCAAAGCUUAGUGAUUGGUCUCAUAGAGGUUCAGUGGACAUGCUUGAAUGUUAUCCUGAAGCAGAUAAUUCUGCUUUUAUGGAUGAGCUCAAUGGCAAUCCUUCCAUGUCAUUUAAAACACGCUUUGGACCCAAGUCUGAUCAGGGAAUGACAUCAUCUUCUGCAGGCAGUAUGACUCCUAGGUCACCGUUGCAUACACCGCGGUCCAGCCAGACAGACCUGUUGUUGUACUCUAAAGGGUGUUUCUCCGAGCAUGACGAUCUCCCUCAGAUAAAUGAACUUGCUGAUAUUGCACGAUGUGUGGCAAACACGCCUGUUGAGGGUGAUCAGUCACUACAUUAUUUGAUCUCUUGCCUUGAGGACUUGAAAGUAGUUAUUGAUAGAAGAAAGCUAGAUGCCCUUACAGUGGAAACUUUUGGAACUCGAAUAGAGAAGUUGAUUAGGGAAAAGUAUGUGCAACUAUGCGAUCUAGUUGAUGAUGAGAAAGUUGACAUCACAAGUACAAUAAUCGAUGAAGAUACUCCUUUGGAAGAUGAUGUUGUGCGUAGCUUGCGAACCAGCCCUGUUCAUCCUAAUAGAGACCGCACUUCUAUAGAUGACUUUGAGAUCAUAAAACCAAUCAGUCGUGGUGCAUUUGGCCGGGUUUUUUUAGCAAAAAAGAGGACCACCGGGGAUUUGUUUGCCAUUAAGGUUCUUAAGAAGGCAGAUAUGAUACGAAAGAACGCUGUUGAGAGUAUAUUAGCAGAACGUGAUAUUUUAAUAUCAGUCCGUAAUCCCUUUGUGGUUCGCUUUUUCUAUUCAUUUACUUGCCGUGAAAAUUUGUAUCUUGUGAUGGAGUAUUUGAAUGGUGGGGAUCUGUAUUCGCUAUUGAGAAACCUAGGCUGUCUUGACGAAGAUGUGGCUCGUGUUUACAUUGCUGAAGUUGUGCUUGCUCUGGAAUAUUUGCAUUCAUUGCGUGUUGUUCAUCGUGACUUAAAGCCCGAUAAUCUGCUGAUUGCAUGUGAUGGCCAUAUCAAGCUUACAGAUUUUGGGCUUUCAAAAGUUGGUCUUUUAAAUAGUACCGAUGAUCUGUCCGGUCCGGCUGUUAGUGGAACUUCCAUGUUGGACGAUGAUGAAACUCAGCAAUUUGCAUCAGAACAACAACAUGAAAGACGCCAGAAACGCUCUGCUGUAGGCACACCAGACUACCUGGCACCUGAGAUCCUUCUAGGAACAGGGCAUGGUUUCACGGCUGAUUGGUGGUCUGUUGGUGUCAUUCUCUUUGAGUUGAUUGUGGGAAUCCCACCGUUUAAUGCAGAGCAUCCUCAGAAAAUAUUUGAAAACAUUCUCAAUCGUAAGAUACCCUGGCCUCGGGUGCCUGAUGAAAUGAGCACAGAUGCACAGAGUCUGAUUGAUUGCUUACUGACAGAAGAUCCUAAUCAACGUCUCGGAGCCAAUGGUGCUGCAGAGGUGAAGGAGCAUCCUUUUUUCAGAAAUAUUAAUUGGGACACUCUAGCAAGACAAAAGGCUGCUUUUGUCCCUUCUUCGGAGAAUGCAUUGGAUACAAGUUACUUCACCAGUCGAUUUGACUGGAAUCCAUCAGAUGAGCAUGUUUGUGCAGCCAGUGAAUUCGAGGACUCAAGUGAUGAUGGUAGUUUGAGUGGUAGCAGCAGUUGCCUAAGUAAUCGGCAUGAUGAGCUGGGUAAACAAGCUGAGGAAUGGGUGGGUCAUGCUGACUUCGAGUCUGGCUCUUCUGCAAACUACUCUUUUAGUAACUUCUCGUUCAAGAAUCUCUCUCAGCUUGCAUCAAUCAAUUAUGAUCUGCUAAUUAAAGGUUCUAAAGAUGAUCAACCAACAACAACCCCUAACCUAUGACUGUGGAAGCUUUCACCGAGUCUGAACUUUGGGAAGGCACAGUGAAGCAAAAUGCCUUGUAAAUUUUGUAUACGAUGUAUAGGUCCUCAAUGCCUGAAAACCAGCUUGAUGUUGGCAUGCUGCUGAGGUUUGUAAAUAACUGUUUUUAGAUGUUUCUAUUUGGGUCAAUAGCAUUGCUGUAGUUUUGUCCUUCAAUGGUGUACCGUCAUGAUUUUUUCUUCGCGGCAAUGAAAAAGAAACAGUCUCCUUUGUGUUUUUUUUUGUUGCUCAUCUUUCUUGGUGUGUGCGUGCGUGUUUUUUACCAACUG